GUUUUUUUUGUAAUGUUGCGGUGUCCAAGCGAAAGUAAUACCGUUUGAGUGCUGAUUUUUUUUAAAAAAAAAAAAAGAAUCUGAACGUUUUUUUUUUUUUUUUUUUUUCCCCUGUCGCUAUUAGAGAAGGUUUUAUUUGACGCGUACGGUUCGCACUGCUAACAUUGUUAUUAUCAUGGACUACUCGAGCACCCCGACCGGUUUCAGACAGCGUAAGUUACAGCCCAAAGUGAGAAUGAGGAGUCCAGGCUCAGGCACUUCGGAUCCCAAUCAGCUCUUUGAUGAUACCAGUUCUGGAUCUGCUGGCUUCAGAAGCCAGGAAGCAUCGGGACUGGGAUACCCAGCGCAGGCACUGCUCUCUGAACCCAUGUCCAACUUCGCCAUGGCCUACGGAAGCAGUCUGGCCAGCCAAGGGAAAGAGAUGGUUGACAAAAAUCUUGACCGCUUCAUUCCCAUUUCCAAACUCAAGUACUACUUUGCUGUUGACACAGUCUAUGUGGGAAAGAAGCUGGGACUUCUUGUCUUCCCCUAUAUGCACCAGAAUUGGGAAGUCAGCUAUCAGCAAGACACACCUGUGGCUCCCAGAUUUGACAUCAACGCUCCCGAUUUAUACAUUCCUGCAAUGGCUUUUAUCACAUACAUCCUGGUGGCGGGUUUAGCACUUGGAACCCAGGACAGGUUUUCCCCAGAGAUUUUGGGCAUGCAGGCCAGCUCAGCACUGGUGUGGCUCAUAAUUGAAGUCUUGGCCACCUUGCUGAGUCUUUACCUCGUAACGGUCAACACGGACCUCACCACCAUUGACCUUAUCGCCUUCUCUGGAUAUAAAUACGUAGGAAUGAUAGUAGGAGUGCUAGCAGGAUUGCUCUUUGGAAAGACCGGUUAUUACUUAAUUCUGCUAUGGUGCUGCAUGGCCAUUUUUGUGUUUAUGAUUCGCACGUUGAGAUUGAAGAUUCUGUCAGAGGCUGCAGCAGAGGGAGUGCUCGUCCGGGGGGCCAAAAACCAGCUGCGGAUGUAUCUGACCAUGGCCAUUGCAGCUGCUCAGCCCGUCUUCAUGUACUGGCUGACCUUUCACCUCAUUAGAUAGAAUGCCCAGGACAAAGAGGUGGACUCGUGGAUAGGAUACUACCUCGGAAGAACCUCUGCCCCUCAUCUCCAAGAAACAAGGCAUGGAAACAAAGUCAGAGACAGUUAGCUUCACAACACAAGUUAAUGUCUGUUUUUGUUUUCUGUUGGAUUUUGCAACUGCUUAUAAUUUGUUUUACCAAACAUGUGAUCUGUACUUAAUUUUUUUUUUAGCACAUUUGUGAACAUUUGUCUUAUGAAAAGCCCAGGGUAUGGUUAAGAUGGUGAGUUGUAAUCUAAACUGGAAGAAGGAUUGCGCAGUGGAACUAAUAGAGGCUGAGCCUAAUGGUAUUUACCGUUUGCAAUUUUCCCACAAACAAAAUGUCAGCAUCUCGCUUGAUUCUCAGCAGUGAUAUUGUGUAGUAAGCACUGAGUUUGCAAUGUGUUAGUCGUCAUCUUGCCAGUAAAUUGCCCAGAAGUGGUCUAUAUGUAUAUUGUAUACUGCUGGCAGAAGUGUUUUAACUUAUGUUUGUUCAAGCAAGACUUAAACUCAUUAGCAAUACUGAACUGCAGUUUUGUGCAUGUUAUUGCACACUAUCACUUGGGGUAGAAUGCAAUAUGUCUACUUAAAGAAGUCUGUAUGUCAGGGAAUUGGACAUUUUUUGUUGCAUAAUAAAUGUCUGCUGUGUUUGUGAGGGGGGGAAAAAAAAGCCUUUAAACUGCAAUGGAUGGAUGUCUUGCCCAAGGAGGUGGGGGUGGAGAGUAGUCUGCUUUUUGCCUGGUAAUUUUGGGAUAUUUUGGUUUGUGUAAGUGUAAUUGUGUAUGGUGCAACAUGACACGCUGCUCCAGUAGUUUUAGUGCAUUCUGUGGUACAGUUUGAAAAUAAGAUUGAUAGAUCAUGUGAUUGAGUUUGAUUAUUAGUUGAUGACUGAGCUUGACAUUUUUGGUACAUUUUCAGAAAUCACCAAAAAUGGAGCCCAGCAAUCAACUAGUCCUCAGACAGAACCAGAGAAAUGUACGGUCUUUGAAAAUAUACUGUAGAGCAUUCAGCUAUGUUCAAAAACCACUGGUUCUCCUCUUCUAAAGAUGUACAUUAAACAAAUUUGCAGUUUCAGGUUUUUAUUUCACAAAGUGACUGAAAUACUAAAAUAGAUUUGAAGGGUUGGGGUGAAAGUGAGGGCAGUAAUGUUUGGUAAGCAUUUUGACUCGUUGGUAAAUGUCUGUUCCUGCCGUCACACCCAGAGGUGUUUCUUCAAAAUGUUUUGAAGGCAUUAGUUUGAUGUCUCUGCUAUGCCAUCUCUGUUUGAUUAUGAAAAUGGGAACACAUGGUGAAGAUUUAUGUCCACAUUCAUUUCUUAUGUAUCGACUUAAGUUAGUAGACACAUAUUUGAACAUGUAUGCCUAAUGAUCAGAUUUAAAAUUCCUACUUUAUAUGAA